AUGUUUAAACAAGUGGUUUUCUUCGUGGUGAGCGGCGGCGUACUGUUGCUGCUAACGGUCGGCUCCUGCCAUGCGAAUCCCGUGCCAGCAAAAAUCCUCGGCAAGUACGUGCUGUCGUAUCAACCGCCCGGGCCUCGGCUGGAACUGAACCCGCACGGCGAUCCGGAAGAUGACGACUUGGACGAGCUUUCGAACGGGCUCGAAAGUGGGGAGGGCGAUGGCGAAGAUUCCGAUUCGCAGCCAUCCUCCGACCAUUAUCGCUAUCGGCCAUACUACCAGCACUCGGUGAGACAGCAGUAUGACGAACAGGAGCAAGAUCAGGACGUGGACUAUGUGGAAGAUUCCGCCCCGGCUAGUGCGAACCAUCAGCACAAGUACAUGACGACGUAUAAGACGGUGACGAGGCAUGUGGGUGGAGCGGGUCACGGUCACUCGAGCUACUCCGAUUCAGGAAGCGAGGAAGACGAGGAAGAUGGUACCAGUGCCAGUGAGGAAUCUCAUGCUUACGAUGCCUACCGGGCUUAUGGUGGGAAAGGCAAGAAACAUCCGGGUCAUCACACAUCCGGCGGAGGACUAACUUCUUCAACGAGCUAUGGAGGAAGUCACCAGGAUCAUCAUCAUCAUCAUCACCACCAUUCCCAUCAUUCCCAGCAGCCGCAACAGCAUCAGAAGCAGCACCACCAGCAACAGCAGCAGCAUCGCCAGCAAGCCCAGCAGCAGCACCAGCUAAAUCAGUACCACUCCCUCCAUAGUUCCUACCAUCCGCAGCUGAUCCAAGCCUACAAGAUCCUGCACGGCACUCCAAACCGACUGCCGACGUCGCACGAGUACCACGACGACGACAGCAGCGAGGAGGAAGACGAGGACUUCCGCAGUGGAGCCGCCAUCGGUGCGGCCAUCAGCCCGUCCGGGUACGGUGGCUACGGAUCACCGCAGGUCAUCCACACCAAGGGCCGAGCCGUUCCCAUCAGCGAGCACGUGGAAAUCGAGACACCCGUACCGGUGCCGUACGUCAAGAAGAUCCACGUACCGAUCCCGCAAGAGGUGCGCGUCAAGAUCCCGCACCCCGUGCUGGUCCCCGUCCCGCGGCCCUAUCCCGUCCACAUACCCGUCUCGCAGCCGAUCGCCGUGCCGGACAUCAAGGAGAUAACGGUGCCGAUCGAGAAGGUGGUCCCGUACCCGGUGGAAAAGAAGAUCCCCGUACCGAUCGAGAAACCGGUCCCGUACCCGAUCGAGAAGCACGUGCCCGUCUACCUUCCCCAGCCGAUCCCGGUGAAGGUUCCGAUCGUGAAAACCAUCAUCCACAAGGUCAAGCAGCAGACAGCCAGCGGGCCUCCGCUUCCUCCCGGAAGUGGUUCCUUCUGGUGA